GCAGAGACGCGCGCCUGGGCAGAGGACAUGGACCUCUCGCGCCUGUGGCUCGGGCUUCUGCUGCCUGUGCUGGCCGCGCUGGAUUUCCGAUACCACCACCAGGAAGGCAUGGAAGCAUUCUUGAAGAGCGUUGCCCAGAACUACAGUUCCAUCACCCACUUACACAGCAUUGGGAAAUCCGUGAGAGGUAGAAACCUGUGGGUUCUUAUUGUGGGACAGUGUCCAAAGGAGCACAGAGUUGGGAUUCCAGAAUUCAAAUACGUGGCAAAUAUGCAUGGAGAUGAGACUGUGGGGCGAGAACUGCUGCUCCACCUGAUAGACUAUCUCGUAAGCAGGCACGGGAAAGACCUCGAAAUCACAAACCUAAUCAACAGCACUCGGAUCCACAUCAUGCCUUCAAUGAACCCAGAUGGAUUCGAAGCUGUCAAGAAGCCUGACUGUUUUUACAGUAAUGGAAGGGAAAAUUAUAACAAGUUUGACCUGAACAGAAAUUUCCCUGAUGCUUUUGAAUAUAAUAACAUAUCAAAGCAGCCUGAAACUUUGGCAGUCAUGAAGUGGCUGAAAACAGAGACAUUUGUCCUCUCUGCAAACCUCCACGGUGGAGCCCUUGUGGCCAGUUACCCAUUUGAUAACGGUGCACAAGCAACGGGGGCAUUGCUGUCCCGAAGCCUAACUCCAGAUGAUGAUGUUUUCCAACACCUGGCAUAUACCUAUGCUUCAAGGAAUCCCAAUAUGACAAAAGGAGAUCAGUGUAAAAAUAAAAUGGACUUUCAAAAUGGAAUUACUAAUGGAUACUCUUGGUAUCCACUCCAAGGUGGAAUGCAAGAUUACAACUACGUCUGGGCCCAGUGUUUUGAAAUUACACUGGAGCUGUCAUGCUGUAAAUACCCUCGUGAGGAGAAGCUUCCCUUCUUUUGGAAUGAUAACAAAGCCUCGUUAAUUGAAUAUAUAAAACAGGUGCAUCUAGGUAUAAAGGGUCAAGUGUUUGAUCAGAAUGGAAACCCAUUACCCAAUGUAAUUGUGGAAGUCCAAGACAGAAAACAUAUCUGCCCAUUUAGAACUAACAAAUUUGGAGAGUAUUACCUGCUUCUCUUGCCUGGCUCCUAUGUAAUAAAUAUUACAGCCCAUGGACAUGACCCACACCUCACAAAAGUGGUUAUUCCAGAAAAAUUCCAGACCUUCAGUGCUCUUAAAAAGGAUUUUCACCUUCCAAUCCAAGGAAAACUAGAUUCUAUCCUGGUAUCAAAUCCUUCAUGCCCGCUGAUUCCUCUAUACAAAGUAAUGCCGAGCCACUCAGUUGCAACAAGGCCUGGUUUGUUCUUAUUUUCCAUGACUCUAUUGCUCAUAUUUUUCAAAUAAAGUAAAAUGUGAAACAACCUCCAUCACCACCUGGAAUCAGGGAUCAGUCACUCCAGGUUACUGCAUCUCUAACUCCCUCUUGUGGAAUGGCAACUGGAUAAAUGCCACUGCCUUCCCUAAGAAGGAGAAUGGAUGAUUCCAAACCUACAUUGAGCAACAUGCAGGAAUAAUGAAAGGAAUGCUGGGUCCAGAUGAACGGAGUAACUACUAUCAAGUACUACCCAUAGACACUUCAUCUCAAAGUUGUCUUAAAAAUAUUUAAGAAGCUUGAGACGAAAAACAGAUGUUUCUGUGAGAAAAAAAGAGGAGUUAACUUUAUAUACAGCCAAAUGAAUCCAAGCAGCAGACAUGCACAUUUACUGAUCACCUACUUUGUAUGAGACUUCGCCAUGAGUGCUGUUUGUGACGAGAGAAUGCAAUAUGCAAAUGGGUCUCCACAAAGGAAUACUAGAUCAUAGGACUGAGAAUGUUUACUUUUGCUAAUGUUCUAAGGAGAAACAAGAGGAAACAGGCAAACAUACCUUAGUGGUCUGAGAAAAUGUCCCUGAUGGGAUGACAAAGUUGUGUCUACAGAUCCCCAACACAACAGAUCACGUCUUCCUCUCCAGAGCCAGUGCCCUUGCCUGUCUGUACCUAGAUGCCACAGUUCUGUUCUGUUAUGAUGACCCCUUUUAUAUAAUUCUGGACUCUUGCCUGAGCCUCAGAUACAUACCCAACUGCCCACUAGACACAUCUACCUGGAUGUGACCCAUAUCAGCCUCCCCUCAUCAUGUUGAAAAUUGAGACUCCAGUCUCCUAGAGCUGUUCCUUCUGCUGUGUUGAGUCAAUAUUGUGUCUCUCUUCUUCACUUCAUAUAUUCAGUCAGUCACUGAAGGCUCGUAUUGAUUCCUCACUGAAGGCUAAUGUUCAUUCCUCCCUCUCCUCACCACACUUACCUGUGCUGCUGAAACAGCUUUAUGGGUCUCUUGCUCCCAGGUAUCUCUUCGGCAAAUCCAUCUGACACAGCACUGGAGAAAAGGGCUACUUAAAAAUCAACCAUCAGCCCCUUCUGCUUCCUCAGCACAUAGCACACUGAGAUCUCAGGUCUGGAAUGCCAUCCUGAUCGUACUAUUCAACUGGACCUUGCUUCCCACCCAGCAAAACUCCAUUCCAAGCAUCAUCUUCAACUAGGAAAGCUUUACUGCCAUCCCACGAAAUCCCAGGCACCCAGGUUCAAGGCCAGUGCUCCUUGAUCCCUCAAAUAAGCUGGCCAUCUUGCUUAUUGGACUUACAACACAGAAGUAGUAUGCUCUACUUCAUGUGGGCCUUCUCUGGUACACUGUGAGCUCUUGGAGGCAGGGUCUACUUGUCCGAAAAGUUCGUUUAUGUAAUGUAUCCUCAGAGGCUAGUACAAAGUAGGUAAGAAAUGAAGAGGAAAAAACAAAAAGAUUUUAGCAAUCUGCUACAGAUUAUUUCAGAAACUAAGAAUUUGAAUAUUUUUAUAAAACUAAGCUUUAUGUUUGGCAAUAUUCCACUCACUAGUAACACACACACACACACACACACACACACACACACACACGGUGGUGUUUUCAUGUAUGUAUCAAGAAAAAAAUCCAAAGAUAAAUGCAAGUGAACACACUGUCAGGUAGGAUAGUGAUUUGCUAGCUGUAAAUAGCACUACAAGCUACCUUCCAUAUCAGAAAAUAACAUUUUUAAGAUCAGUACUCAAUUUGAAGCAGUUGUUCUCCCCAACGAAAGUCAAUUUACGUGAAUGCAUUGUAGGAACUAAGAGGAAAGAUCAAACAGACAAAAAACCAGGAAGUGUGGUAUGUAGAUUUCUGAGUGCUGUGCGUUGCUUAUAGCAAGUGAGUUGCUUCAUUCCUCAGUUCAAAAUGCUACAUGAGAAAACUGCGCUGGGCACAUGGCAAAGGCUUGAGAACCUAAAAGACUGAGGCGAUGCAUGGGCAUCUGGCUUCCCUUUUCUGGUGCCAAACUUAUUCUGUAUUUUAAUAUCAAUAGUAUAGUUUUUAACCACUUGUAAAAUUUUAUAGUAGCAUGAACAUUUUGAUCAUUAUUAUUUAAGCAUUAACUUAUAUCCUGGAAAGCAUGAAUAGUUCAGAAAAUGACUUUGGUAUAUUACUUUUAAAAUAUAUACAGCUAAGCUGGAGUGGUGGCUCACACCUGUAACCCCAGCACUUGGGAGAUUUCCACAAGUUCAAGGCCAGCCUGGACUACAAAGUGAGACCCUGUCUCAUAAAACCAAAAUGACAAUAAUGUAAGACUAAACUUGAUUUACCAUCAGCUGGGUAUUCUGAGUUCUAACUUACCCUUUUCUAAGAUAGUUUUUAAAAGGCCAUGAACUGGGCCUGGAGAGAUGGCUCGGAGGUUAAGAGCUCUUUCCUGCUCUUCCAAAGUACCUGAGUUAGGUUUCCAGCAUCCAUGUCAGGCAGCUCACAAACACUUGAAGCUCCAGCUCUGGGGUAUCUGAUGUCCUUCUCUGGCCCCUGCAGGCACUUGCACUCAUACACACACACACACACACACGAAUUAUUAUCUGAAUUGGUUCAUGGUCCUUAAAAUAACUUCUUACUGAAAUAACUUUUAUGUGGGUGUGUCAUACUGGAGAUUGGCUCAAAGCCUUGCAUAUACCAGGAAAUUGUUCUACCAUUGAGCUAUAUAGCCACAGCCACUUUUUUUUUCUUUCACUAUUUGAGACAGAGUCUCGGUAAGUUCCCUUACUGGCCUUGAACUCACCACAGUUCAACUUGGCCUUGAAUUUGUGCCUGCCUUAGCCUCCCCAAAGUAGCUAGGAUUACAGGACUGCACCACCAGGUCUAUCUUGAAAUAACAUUGUCAGAAAUUUGUAUCAAAAACCAAUGUCAAAUCAUGUAAAGGCAAACAGGGUGAGAGGUAUAGUUCUAUGAUAGUAUGCUUAGCAUAUACAAUGCCCUGGAGUCAAUCCCCACUACCUGCCCCGCAAGGCCAAACAGCUAUGGAAUUAUUCUAUGGUCAUAUCAAGUCCUCAGUCCUCCUGAACACCUUUCACUGCUCCCCUCUAAGCUGAAGGAUAUGCUCUUGAAGCUCUAAAUCAAGAGUGACAGAAGGCAAGAACUCUAACUUUAAAUCUAGCACCCAUUCCCUUAUUUAUACAAAGACCCCCCCCCCCCACUUUACAGUCACCCAUAAUUGCUGGAAACAGUGGUAGGACAGACCACGUUUUGGUGCCGUGUUUGGUGCUGAUCCAGGUAUAGAAAGCACAACUAAUACUCAGGUGGAUAAAUAUUUUGAAGGCAGUAUACCUUAUUAAAGGCUAAAUUCUUUGCCUUACAUAUUAAAAAAUUGACCUGAAACACUGGUUAGCAAGAAUCAUGUAAUCAAGGAAGCUUUCGUGAAAUGGCACAGCUUUCUCAUGUGCCUGCUCAAAUUGUGCUGGUUAACAGAAAUCUAAAUGGGGGAUGUUUUAGACAAAUGUUAAUCCUUGCAGACCAGUGUCAAUGUUGAUUUUGGUGCUUAAAUUUUCACAUUCAGAUAAACUGCUGAAUGUAUCAGAAAUGUUCAGCCUCCUCUCAUUUCUGAGUCAUUCCAGAAAUCAAUUUUGUGCUUUGUUGCAGAGGCAAUUCUGUAAUGUCUCUAAAAAUGGUAUUAAUCUACCUUUCCAAAGUAUAGGCUGAUGUUGGACUAGAAGUUGCUAUUCCUAAGAAAUGCACAGAAACAGCAUAGCACAUGUAUCUUGCUGCAGCAGGCUGUCUUUGAGAAGCAUGGCUGAUUCUAUAGGGUAGCAAUACAGAUGAUGCUAUAAGAUUGCUUCUGUCUUCCUCCAACCGUAGGAAGAGGGAGAAAAUGCUGUCGGCUGGAGUAAGGAACACUAAGUUCUUGAUAGCUGAAAUAGGUUUCACAUUCCUGGGUUUGUUCUAGACUUCACGUCACUAAUAAACAGAUACUGUACUGUAUUACUCACAAAACAUUUUAAGCAUAUUUUAGCACACAAAGCACCCCACAGCCUUUUACUAGAAGUUUCUUGUUGAUUUUACAAGCUUUCUCAAUGACUUUCUUUUAUACUAUAAUUAAGAACCUAAUGUAAAAACAAAAAAGGAAAAUAUUAAGAUGCAUAUAUUGUUCAAGACUAUAAAGUUUAUUGGGGAGGGGCCGUGACUACCUCUGGGCUUCUUAAAUUUAGAUUAUCUUAUUAUCAAUAAAGAAUAUUCAUAUAGUGAA